AUGAGAGAUCUCAAAGAAUUGGUUGCUACUGAAUCAGGCGUCGAAAAUCCAACAACAACUGGGUUAGUCAAUGCACUUGUUUACAAAUGUGCUGCUAUUGUCAACUUGGGUUCAUCUCAUGAGCAAUCUUGGUUGGUCCUACUAUCAGAUAUACGAAAAGAAAUUUCACAUUCAGUACCACCAACUUCCAUCGGAAAUAUUCUCACAAUCUUUACCUCACCAAUAUACAACAACAAAGGAGACCUUAGGGUGUCAAAUUUAGUAGCCGAUAUAAGAAAGUCGAAACAUGAGCUUUCCAACAGAGAUAGUAGUUUUAAAGAAAAUGAGUGGGCUUCAAGAAUGUUACAUGCAUUUAAAACAAUAGAUGGUACUAAUAGCCAAAGUAAUUGCGACGUAUACCGUUGUAGUAGUGCAUCUAACAUACCAUUUCUAAAGUGCUCGAUGAGUCUUCUAAUUUCUCUUUUCUGGGAUCGCAAAGGAGCAAUGAUUGGAGGUUUUUCCUUGUGA